AGCUCAUGCAACUCCAGACCAAGCCACCGCAUCCCAUCGCCUCUCAUCGCGGCCUCAUCGGCGUUGCAUCCGCGCGCGGCCCAAUUACAGCAUAUACCGGUAGACCUCGGGGGCAGACCCAGAGUGAUCGAAGCGGGCGUAUCGUGAGCCGCCCAAUUGGCAGACGAGCGCCCUGCCGCAGCCCUCCUCCCGCGACAACCAAGUCACCAAGCACAAGGACGCCUCGUCAACCGCCAAGAUGGCGCAACCCGACCCUAGCCACAGCGUCCCUCAGGACUUGAUCUCCCAUGUCCACCUCAUCUCCUCGUCCCGAUAUCCGACAAUGCCUCGCAUCGACACCAACGAGGUCGCCAAGUGGCUCAUGAACGCUCCUCAAGUCGCACGCGACCGGGCGCCCUUCUUCUGGACAUAUCUUGACAAGCCCGCCGACGGCACGAUUCUCCUGACGUGGCAGCCCCUCGGGAGGCUGGGCACAAACUUUGCGACGGAUGGCUUCGUGUGGUCGCCGCCUGAGCAGAUCUACAAGCACGACCUGGGAAACGGUCUGAUGCUGGAGAUCUACUAUCUCAAAGCCGGCUACAUCCCCGGCGAGCAGUUUGCCCUACACGCGAGACGGCGAUUUCGACUCGUGCCAGUCCCUGGCCACCCAAACCCUCCCCAGCCCGACAUGAGCCUCUUUAUCGUGCACUACGGCCCAUCCGAACCCAACGAUCGGAUUCCCGCGCAGAUGGUGCCGUAUGACGAACGCGUCAACGCCAUCAUGCAGCAGCGACACUACCUACUGCGCGCGGGCCAGAUCCGGCGAAAAGAGUUUAUGCUGUCGGACCGGGUCAAUUGGCCGUCGCUCCCAGAGCUCACGCGGCAGCAGAUGGGCCCUCAGAUGGUCCCGCGAGGCGUCCCUCAGCAGAUGGCAUACCCUACCCAGCCGACGCCCGGACCUCCCGCCAAGCGAGCCAGGCACGCGCAGAGUCAAGGACAACAGCCAGCCAUGGCGGGCAUGCCCGGCAUGCCUGCUGUGGACCCGGCUUUCGACGACGAUGAGGAUAUAACGAGGGGCGACAUGUUUGACCAUCUGACGCAGCGCGAGAUUUCGCUGAGCCGGUACAAGCAGAACCAUGAGUGGAUGGAGGAGAUCCUUUCCUCUGCGUAUAGAUUGAACCAGAUCACACCCACGGACCUUGGCCUCGGUCUCAAAGGCGAGUUGGCAUCGCUCACUGACGGCAUCUUCACGGCUCAGGGAGGUGAGGCCAUCGCGAUCGAGAAGCCCUACGUCGGACGACUGGACAGUGGACUUGCCGACGAGUUUCGCAAGCGAGUCAAGAACCAUAUCGAGUCGACGCAAGCCGAGAUGAAGAAGAUGCAGGGGGCACAUGCCGAGGCCAUGGCCAAGCUCAAGGAAAGCUCCUUGUUCGUGACCAAGGAAGCGGAGCUCCGGGCUCUCGAUGACGACAUCACGGCUGCGUUCGGCCAGAACGACAGCCACACAGACGGCGCGGGCAGGGGCGAGGGAAGGCCGCGGCAUUCUAGCAAAAGGACGGUAGAUGAGGUGAUUGAGGAACUAGAGCAGGCAGUUGGACGAAAGUUGGAGAGCCGCCCGGCGGUUAAGCGUGUGCAGGAUGGAGGAUACCAAGCUCCAGCGCCGGAGCCCCAAGCGCCACCCGCCGAGGAUGUGCAGAUGUCGCGACAGCCAUCGCAAGCCGGCUCGCAGACGAGCGGGCUUAUGCUCGGCGAGUCUGACAUUGACAUGGGCGGCACGGCAGCCGGGUUGCUGGACCAGAUGCAUACGGGCUUCUCGUCCAUGUCGACUCCAGUCAACAACUUUCCCACGCCCCAAGCGCAAAUGUCAGCCACGCAAUCUAACGCCGCGACACCCUCCAACGCCAACAAUGCUCCCUCGCCAGCUCCCGCACAAAGCUCAGCGGCGCCCGCCGGUCAAGACACUGCAGCUGCACCCGCGGAACCGAAUGCCGACGUGGCCAUGGGCGGGACGGACUCGCCUGCCAAGGCACCAGAGCCAGCAGCGAAUACGGCUCCAGAUCAUGGUACCGGUAGCGGCGACUGGGUCAUGGUGCCCAAGGGAGGCGGCACGACACCCGAGGCGAGCAGUGCUGGCCAAGAGGCACCGGCAGCUUCGGCGACGGAGGCAACGGCGGCGGCAAUGGCGGCGGAAGAGGAGGCACCUAAGCCGGACGCGACGGCGCAAGGUGCGGCUCGGCCCCCGUCGGCAGCCGCGACGCCCGCUGUCACGGACGGCGGCUCGGCAACGUUUGACCAAAACGACUUCAGCUCACUGGGCGAUUUGGACACGGCGGGCGAUGCCUUGGCGGGCUACGAUGCGCCGGAUCUUGACGGCUCCGCGGGCGAGCUUGGCGACGGCCUAGACCUGCAGAUGGACAUGGAGGACUCUGCCUUUGGCGACGCAUUCCAUGGCGUGGACGCAUCCAACACGCCGGGUGAGGGACAGGGACAAGAUAUGUAGAGGGCGCAUGGAGGGUAUGAGGCCCAAGGGUGGCCGAGAUGUCUGGAGCUACACGAUAUUGGCUCUCUUGACCUGCCGCGGUCUGCUUCAGAGCCAUGGAAAGGGGGUUAGGUUGGGCUUUCGAGACGGAGAAUGGCGCGUAUCCUGCGGCCAGCGGGACAGGUGUUUUUGUAUUGCUGGAGUUUUGUGCCCGCCGAGACCUGUAUUAUUCCACCUAGCCUAGCCUGUCGGCUGGAGGUGUAGGUUAUGUAGACUUGGGGGAGCAGGGUAUGUGCAAUGAGGAUUCUUUUUCUUGGGCG